GUCAUUGUGCGACACUUUUUUGUCGCCUUCCCAUCCCUUCGUCGCACGGGCUGGUCGUUUGGUAGACUAGUUUCGCAUAGUUCGCUCACGCCAAGCUCUAAGGCUUUCCCGUAAGCCUGCCGAACGCCACUCCUUAUGAUCGCAUAGCGGGGAUACUUCCGGGCUCCACGAUCAUUCGGCGGAGUUUUUUCUUCCUUUUUUUUGACCGACCGCUGUGUCUUUGUUGAAUCCUGAUCGUGAGGACACUAUCAGGCUGCGUCGCUGUGCCUGUAACGAAACAACCCUGGUCGACCAGCGCGACCGUGGCGCGAUCCUGAUCGAAUACUAGCCCCGCGCACGCGCACGCGCACGUGCACGCACGCCCGGUAUGACCUACGAGGCCAUAUUCCCGUCGCGCGUCGCGGCGCAUCACCAGUCCUCCGCACGCGUGUCGCUGCAGCCGCACCACUCCCCGGGCGGAAGGAACCGCGCGCAGGCGCAAGCAUGCCGCGGGGACGGGCGCACAGACGGGCGCGCGGACACCCUCACGGAGAUCGCCUCUCGCGGGGAGACCAGUUCCGACAAUCGGCGGCACCGUGAACGUCGCGUGGUCGUGGCUUCGAGGAACCCAGUGAAGAUUAACGCCGCCGGCGACGCGCUCCGGCGGUUAUUCCCGCACGAGUCAUUCGAGUUAGAAGGCUAUCCCGCCGAUUCCGGCGUGUCGGAUCAGCCGAUGGGCGACGCGGAAACCCUCGCGGGCGCGCGGAACCGGCUGAUGCACGUGGCGCGCAGCAGCGCGGCGGAAGGCGCGGAUUUCGUGGUGGCGAUCGAGGGGGGUGUGGAGUGGUGCCGCUUCUCCGACCCCCCGCAGCUUAUGUGCUUCGCGUGGGCGGUCGUGCUGUCGACGUCCGCGCGCGCGGAGGACGAGGCGGAGGCGGACGGCGCGGUUGUUGGCGGAAGCGGGGAGGGCGGGGGGGGCGCGGCGCCUGGGGCGGCAAACGCGCGGCAGCAGCAGGGGAGAGGAGGGGGGGACGCGGGAGGGGGAGGGGCAGGGGAAGGGGCAGCGGGGAGGAGAGGAGGCGUGGUUGGCGGAGUGAACGGGGGAAGCCUAGGGGGAGGCGGGGGGAGCGCGAUAUCGGGGGAGACGAGAGCGCGGACAGCCGCGUUCAUGCUGCCACCGCCCUUGUCGGAACUGGUGCAAGGGGGCAUGGAGCUGGGCGCAGCAACAGACGAGGUGUUCAGCCAACAGGGCAGCAAGUCCCGCGGGGGCACAGUGGGGCACCUGACCAAUGGGGAGAUCACACGUCAGACGUACUACGAGCAUGCCAUCACCCUGGCGCUCAUCCCCUUCGUACACCCGUCACUCUAUAAAAGCCCCUCCCAUCCUGUGUUGCCGCCUAACUACAUGCAAUGAUGAUAGGUUAGAGGAUUAGGAAAUGUUUCUUAUGUUCCUGCCUCAGAGGUGAUUGAAUGGAACAUUGUUUUGAAUAGACAUGUUAGCCAAAU